AUGGAGCUGGGCCUGGCAUGUUGGGUGCAGUUAGUGAACGCAGUUAGUUGUUCUCACCCUGCCCAUGGUACAUGGUCAAGCUGCAACAUUUUCUCCACUCAGGACCAUGCUGCUGCUGCUUUCGCCAUUGCUAAAGCCGGUAUUCCUGUGUUUGCCUGGAAAGGGGAGACCAACGAGGAAUAUUUGUGGUGCAUCGAGCAGACCCUCUGUUUCAAGGAUGGGCAGCCAUUGAGCAUGAUUUUAGAUGACGGUGGGGACCUCACCAACCUGGUUCAUACCAAACACCCACAGCUCCUGAAAGGAAUUAAAAGCAUCUCAGAGGAGACGACUACCGAGAUUCACAACCUGUAUAAGAUGAAAGCCAAUGGGAGCCUGAAAGUGUCAGCCAUCAACGUCAAUGAUUCUGUCACCAAGAGUAAACUCGAUAACCUUUAUGGUUGCCGAGAGUCCCUUAUCGAUGGCAUUAAACAUGCCACGGAUGUCAUGAUUUCUGGGAAAGUGGCCGUCGUGGCAGGCUCCGGUGAUGUUGGCAAAGGUUGUGCUCAAGCCUUGAGAAACUUUGGAGUCAGGGUCAUCAUCAUGGAAAUCAAUCCAAUCCUGAUCCAAUGGAUCCAGCCCUUUUCUAGGAAGACAGUCACUAGUCUACCAGCUCUGAGUAUGACCAUGAAACAGCAAACCCAGCCUCAGCAGAGCAGACACCCCGGCAGUGAGAGUCACCAGCCCCCUUUCUUGGAGCCAGCCCAGAGGGAUGCUGUGGCUCAGUGGUAG